UCAAAACCUGCCAAGUACGGGUUCAAUGAGCCACUAAAGAAGGAAUACUCACGGGAUAAUCCUAUCGUUCCAGUCUUGCUUGAACUUGAACUUGCUAUUCGCAGCAGCACUCAAUGCACGACUUUAGUAAGGCUACGAUCCGUAGGACUUGUUAGCGGUAUGUCACAAGGGUCUUCCAGGUUUGAUUGGUAUCAAACGGACGCGGAAGUUUGUAUUAAUUAUUUUCGAAAAAAUCUCAAGCCGGAGGAUGUGAGAGUUGAGUUCGAAACGGAUUCAGUUACUAUUUUCGCAGUCACUGAAAAUGGGGAAGAGCCACUAAAAACGUUCCACUUACUACAUUCUGUCUCGAAGUCAGAUUCUUCAUUUCGUGUGUCCAGUGUCAAGGUGGAGUUACGCCUGCGUAAGCUGACUGCUGCUCGUUGGGAUCGAUUGGAAUCCGACUCCAGCCUAACGGACACUGAAAAGCCUUGCAGUUCACCUGAUAACUUGAAGAAGGUUGCACAUUCUUAUCCGUCCUCUAGUCGGGUCGCACAUGAUUGGGAUAAGCUUGGAAAAGAGGCAGCCGAGUUAGACGACGGCAUAGAUCCAUUGAACAAACUCUUUCAAGAUAUUUACAGUAAUGCUUCAGAGGAAACCAAAAGAGCGAUGAUCAAAAGUUUCACGGAAUCUGCGGGAACUGUACUAAGCACCAAUUGGAAUGAAGUUGGCAAAGGAAGGGUUGAAAUGAAGCCACCAGACGGGAUGGAAUAUAAAAAAUACGAAAUUUGAUUGCUUACCGCAACCAGUUUAACUCAUCCCGCUCUUUUUCUCGCGUUAUUUGUUUACGUUUUCACGCUGGACCCAAAAUUUCCCCGUGCUACAUAUUUCUCAUCAGCCUGUUCUCUAUUUGGUUAUAGUUAUGAAGAUGAUUGUCUCAACUUCGCACUUUCACGUUCACAAAUCUUUAAAGCACGGUUGUGGUUUAACUUUUACGCUUAUUCUUAGUUCUGGGAGCAAGCCCUCCCCUCUGCACGUUCUUCACAUGCAUGGCAUUGGAGAUUGAGCCGCAUUAUAUCGCAG